ACAGGCUGCGCCUUUGCUCCAGAACGUGGAAUCGUGCUUCACUGCACCAUGUCUGCUGUCUUUCGACCUGUUCUGCUGCCUUUCAGAGGAUUAUCUCUUGAUCUUGCCGGUGCAAUGCAGAGUAAUUGCAGGUUUAAAUCAAGGACAAGCCAGUUAAAUUUACAAGCAGAAAGCAGCCACGGCAAAUACAAGUGCAUCGAUGAUCUGCGGGGACCAAGUCUUGCAACCACGGCUUACUGGCUUUUUGUUAAGGGGUACGCAGAUAAGAGUCACGCUUUGCAGGUGGAGCAUAAGAAGCUGUAUGGGCCGAUUUGGCGGUCAAAGUUCGGCCCCUUUGACGUGGUCAAUGUGGCAACGGCUGACCUGAUCGCACAGGUUAUCCAGCAAGAAGGGAAAUACCCUGUAAGGACCUACCUCCCACACUGGAAGGAGUACCGCGACAUGCGGGGACAAGCCUACGGCCUGCAUGUAGAGAAGGGGCCGGAGUGGUACCGGAUCCGCAGGGCUCUGAACCCCAAGAUGUUGAAGCUGCAGGAGGUGUCUGCGUACGCCCCCGUGGUGAAUGAGGUGGUGUCCGACCUCCUGCACAGGAUCUACCGGCUCCGGGAGCAGAGUCCUGACGGGACUUCAGUCCAGAACCUGGCCGGGGAGCUCUACAAGUUUGGCUUUGAAGGGAUCUCGUCCAUUCUGUUUGAGGCACGUCUUGGCUGCCUCGACGAGGAGAUUCCUGAGGACACACAGAAGUUCAUCCGGGCUGUCGGGGACAUGCUGACUCUCUCUGAGACUGUCCUCUUCUUCCCCAAGUGGACUCGCUCCAUGCUGCCCUACUGGAAGAGAUUUGUCAGCUCUUGGGAUGACAUCUCUGCUGUUGCGAAGACACUGAUUGACCACAAGGUGAAGGAGAUUCACCAGAAAACAGAAAAAGGGGAGACUGUGGAGGGAAUGUACCUCACCUAUCUGCUGUCCUGUAAUAAGCUUUCCCUUAGUGAAAUCUAUACCAGUCUCACUGAACUGCUGUUGGGAGGAGUUGACACAACCUCGAACACAAUGUCCUGGACCCUGUACCACCUGGCCAGAGCUCCCGCUGUUCAGGUCCGGCUGUAUCGCGAGAUUGCUGAGGUUUGCCCAGGGCGGCGCAUCCCCACUGCAGAACACCUGUCCCAGAUGCAUUACAUGAAGGCUGUCAUAAAAGAGACACUGAGGUUGUACCCUGUUGUGCCAGGAAAUGGCCGUCUGACAGUAGACAAUGAAGUUAUACUGGACAACUAUUGGUUCCCACGACAGACGCAGUUCCACCUGUGCCACUACGCUGCGUCCCACGACGAGAGCAGCUUCCCUGAGCCGGAGCAGUUUGAGCCGGAGCGCUGGUUGCGGGAUGGGUGCAAGUUCAGACACCACCCCUACAGCUCUAUCCCCUUUGGGGUCGGGGUGCGGGCCUGCGUGGGGAAGAGAGUGGCAGAGCUGGAGAUGUACUUCGCACUGUCCAGGCUGAUGCAGCAUUUUGAGGUCCGGCCAGAGCCCAACGAGAGGGAGGUUCAGCCCCGAACACGCACCCUCAUGAUUCCCGGGGGCCCCAUCAACCUGCAGUUCAUAUCAAGGAACUGAAGGAGGUGCCCACAUGCUUCAGAACAGUUGUCUGGGACACUGGCUGCAAGAUGCUGGAGAAGCCUGUCAAACUUUAUAGAGUUUACAUUUGGGGCAGUGUAGAGUUUACAUUGGGGAUAGUAUAUUUAGAGAGUGACUCAGAUAAUUGUAAUGAAUACUGAACUCAUUCUUAUUGAGAUACUCCACUGUUUGGAUAUAUAAAAGAUGUGUUUCUUUCCUGUCUGUUUAUACUGCUGUGUGCUGUGUACAUUUCUACAGAUAAUGAGAACCACCUAGUGAAUUGGGAUUAAAUUUAGGCUGUAUUUUGAUUACAAAUUUCACGAUUUCCUUGAAAUGUGCCCAUUGCUAUGUAAUAUGUAGUUCCCUGUGAAGAUUCCAAUUUCUGAAAGAACAGUU